CACGUGCCAAAAAUUUAACAUUUAUGAAAUUAUUUUAACUGCUAUCGAGAACUUUGGAAUUAUUAAUUUUUCAACAUUAUGCCUCCAAUAUCUUCCCUUUGUUUCCCUUAUAGACCACAUGAUUAUAUGUACGAUCCCAUUUUUACGGUAUCUGGACCAAGGGAUCACUACAAGGCAGCGAUAGUAGCAAAAAUGUCUGCUGCAAAAUUUCAAAUAUGUCCAAUAUUCCCCAACAUGUUUUCGGACUUACCCACACGACCACGUAUCCAGCUCGUACAGAGAAGACAACCUGCUCCGAUCAGCUAUCGAGAUAGACUAGCGGGGACUCAAGCUAAAGAUCCACAUCUUCAUAGACCACCCGAUGUACGAGGGGCUGAUAGGUCGAAAUUUUUCGUUUCUGUCAUGAAUUUUCCGCCGAAAGAUGCUCUACCGUACCAGUAUUCGCCUACAUUUACCAUAGAGAAAGUGGCCAAAAAAACCAAAAAAUGGGAAAAUCAGAAAACGAGAAAUGUCGAAGUGGAGACUAAGUUUAGAGAAUCGACUGCCCAAACGGAUCCUUGGGAACCUCCGUAUAAGGUUAUUGGAAAAGGAGAUCCUGAACUUUUAAAACUGGAUUUUCUAAAAUGGGGUAGUGGUUUGCCAGCCGGAAUGCACGAGAUCCAGUUGAUAGAACGGGCACGAAUGAAAGCUGCGUGGGAAAAGGAAAUUAUACCAGAUAUCAGAAAUGAAAAUUCCCUCAAUCAGUUUCGAGAUUACAUGACUGCAUUAGAGCUGGACGAGUGGGCUUUCAGAGAACAAGAGAUAAACGAAAUACAAGAGCUUAGGUUGCAACUCCUAGAAAAUAUGUUAAACGAACUACAUGACGCAACCAAAACUAGAAACGAGACUAAAUUGAAGAAUUAUAUAGCUCAAAGGGAGGCCGAGAAACAGGAACAACUUGUUAAAAUCAGAAGAAAAACUGCAAGGGAAUUGAGGAAAUUAGAGUCUCAGCGUAAGGGCAUAGACAGGAAAUACCAUGCAGUGAACAUAAUCGACGAGCACGUCGACAAAAAAUCAGAAAUAUACGCCCCACUCAUGCGACACGGUGAACAUCCGAAACGCUGGCAUCAAGUUAUAGACGAAAAUAUGAAGAGAUAUAAGGCUCAAUUUAUCGGAGUUGAAAAUCUUAGCACUUUACCCAAAUGGUUAGACCAAGCGACGAAGAUAGACAAACGGGUAUUACAUUCCAAUUGGCCUAAGCGUAAAUUGUGUAUUAAACAAACCAGAUGGACUGCUCCGGUGCUAAAACAACUACACGAAGAACUUAAAGGUCUAAGAAAAGGCAUAGAGAAAUAUACUUUACGAUUAAGAACAAAACUAGAUAAGCUUAUAGAAGAAUCUCAUACUCCAGAAGUCGAGGGAGUAUCCGAGGACGAAGAAUCCAAAUAUCAAGCUUUAGUACUACUUCAAAAUAUUAUUAAAGGCAGAGCCGCUCAAAUUUUGAUUUAUGAAGGAAGAGACACCUGCAGAGAGCUAAUUCAAGAAUUAAAACAUUCCAAGGGACUAUUGAAAAAACAGAAAGAACAGAAGAGAAAAGAAAAAUACCGAGUGAAAGCACAACAGCGAGACGAAUUGAUACAAAUGAGAAUGGUAGAAAAAUUGCAAGGUUCAUUAGGAAAACUUCAAGGGGUCGUAGUGGGAUCUUUACUAGACUUCCUAAACAAAGAACUACGAAGAUUGCUGGAAGAACGCAAGGCACACGCUAUGUGCCUCUUGAAUGAACGAGAACGAUACGUUCGUGAAGCUAUCGAGGCUGGAAGAAGACAGAAGGAAUUAAGGAGGAGAAGAGAACACGAUGAGAUGUUCAAGCAAAUCGUCAAGGUUACCCAAGAAAGCGUCGAUGUGUAUUUAAAAGAUAUCAUUACGGAAGGUAUGGAGUUCGUUUCGAACGAAGCUGGUACUGAAUAUGUUUUGAAAUUGGCGCGACAAAUCGAAAAAGAAACGGAAGAUGCCUAUGAGGAGCUGUUAUCUGUUGACGAAGAAGACGAAGUCAUAGCCAAUAUGAUCCUCCAUUUCGUUCUACCAGAUGUAAACAAAAAACUUGUACGAGAAAAAAUCACGAAGCAACAAAAACAAAAUUUGAAGACAAUACACGAUACGAUUUACUCCAAAUUUGAAAAUCUACCAAAACCAGCUCACUCCGAAAUAAACCCCGAAGAAAUAGCAGCAGAAGUUGUAGCAGAUAUACUGACGCAAGUAGAAAAUCAUGCCAUUGGUGAAGAUACAUUAUUCUUAAGUACAAUACACAGAUAUCCACGCAAAAGUGAUGUAUCUGGAACUAAACAGAGAGUUGGAAUAAUCGUAGAUGAAGCUGAUGCGCUAAGCAUAAGCCAGCUUUCGGAAAUAGCCGAGCUCGAAGCUUAUAAGGACCCAUUAGAAUUGUACAUGUCUGAAAUGAUAGAGCAAGAAGAAGAAGGAUUACAAUUUAACAUUAUCCCUGAAGAUCCCGAAGAAUACAAUUUUAGAAAUAAUGUUUUAGACACCAUUCCAGAAGUCGACAAUGAGAAUUCAUCUGUUAAAGAUUAAUUUUGAACCGUAUAAUUACAUUGUAGUUAAAAUUGUCUCAAAGAGAAAUUAGAUACAAAAAGCAAAUGUAAUCUUAUGAUAUAGUAAUAAAU